AUGGGAACGCUCCCCAAACGCAAGGACAUUCCUCCGUGGCUGAAGGUUCCGGAAGACCUGAAAGAUCCCGAGGUGCUGCGGGUACAGACGCGGCUGCUGGAAGCCAUGUUUGGCCCAGACGGUUCUCGAAUCCCUUACAUUGAGCAAGUAAGCAAGGCCAUGCUCGAGCUGAAGGCUCUGGAAUCUUCGGACUUCACCGAAGUGGUGGUUUACAGCUCCUACAUGUACAAGCUCCGGACCAAGUGGAUGCUCCAGUCCAUGGCUGAGUGGCACCGCCAGCGGCAGGAGCGUGGUGAGACAAUCGGGAUGCUCAAACUUGAGGAAGCCAUGGAUGCUCUCGAACUAGGCCCUUGGAUGAAGUGA